ACUCUGUGAAACUGCCUACAUUUGUGUGCUCGUGUGAGUUCCAUGGAAUAUCGCUAAUAUGAAUUCUAGUACAUACUGGCUUAGGAUAUCAUGCUGGUUGAUGGUGGCGUUUCUGAUCAGUCCAGCUUCAUGCAAACUGAAUGAAAAGUUGUUGAGGACACAUCCCUGUGAUGUCCACGAGAACACCACUGUCCAGAAAGUUGUCUUUAACUGCCAUGGCCGAGGACUGAGAGAGGUUCCCCUGGUUUUCAAGAAUGCCACCAGUCUUGACCUCUCUGAGAAUAAAAUCAGAAACCUGAAAACCGACUCACUGAAAGACUUACAAAAGCUGACUGAUCUCAAUCUCAACUGGCUGAACCAACAUCAUGAGGUGAACAUCACUCCAGGGGUUUUUGCAAAUUUGACAAAUCUACAGAGGUUGCAGUUAAAUGGAGUUGGUCUGAGGUCUAUACCUGACCAACUUCCAAACUCCCUGAAACAACUGAGACUGAUAGAAAACAAAAUCCUCUCACUAAGUACUUCCAGCUUCUCACAGGUGACAAAAUUAACACAUCUUUAUUUGUCCAGAAACUGCUAUUACUGGAAUUCUUGUUUGAAAGUUUUUAAGAUUGAAAAUGGAAGUUUGUUAGUCUUUACUAAUUUAACCAGUCUGACUUUGUCAUACAAUAACCUAAGCCAUGUUCCCAGGCACUUGCCUGUCUCCAUACGAACACUUGACCUGGCUUCAAAUAGCAUAGCACACAUUGGGGAGGAUGAUUUCAAAGAGCUUCAUGAUCUGAUAAUCCUUAAACUCCAGGGUAAUUGUCCACGCUGUCACAACGCCCCUUACCCCUGCACGCCGUGUCCAAAUCGCUCCAUCGAGAUUCAUGACCGAGCUUUUGAUUCCCUUAAACACCUUGAAUUGUUGCACCUGGCUGGGAAUUCCAUUUACUACAUGAGGUCAGCUUGGUUCAAGAACCUUUUGAAUCUCCGUAAACUUUUUCUUUCUUAUAAUUUUUUGAGUGAAGCCAUUGAGCAUGGAGGAUUUUUGAGUAAUCUUCCACUUCUGAAAAUGCUUGAUCUCUCCUUUAAUUAUGCUCUUAGGUCUUAUCCUGACACUGUGAGACUAGCACCCAGUUUUGCAAAUUUGACCUCUCUUAGGACACUGCACAUUCAAGGUUUGGUUUUCAAAGAAAUUGACAAUUGUACUCUGGCACCUUUGUAUAAAUUACAAAAUCUGUCUGUGCUAAAUUUAGGGGUAAAUUUUAUUGUGCGUGCCAAAUCCAAUGUAUUUAGAAAAUUUUCUUAUCUUAAACUGCUGUAUCUUUCAGAAAACCGUCUCUAUCCUCUAACUACCUCUGAAGUUAGAAAUCCAGGAAACACUGUAAAAUCACCUUCCUCCCUGCCCAGAUUAUCAGGGUCUGGUACUCAAAGGGAACAAUCUUUUGAGGUCUCCAAAAUGCUGGUCAAACGUGAGUGCUAUACUGCUGGCCGUGUGUUGGACUUGAGUAGAAAUAACCUUUUCUUCAUUUCCCCAGAGCAGUUUGAAGGAUAUAAGAAUAUUUCUUGCCUAAAUCUGUCCCGAAAUGGCUUUGCAGCAGCUCCAAAUGGAUCUGAGUUCACAUCACUGCCACACCUGAAAUAUUUAGACUUGUCCUUUAACAAAAUCGAUUUGGCCUAUUAUAAUGCCUUUAAAGAAUUACAGAAGCUCGAGGUGCUAGACCUCAGCUUUAACCCACACUAUUUCACUGUAUCUGGAGUGACCCAUAAUCUGGAUUUUUUAAAGAAUUUGCCUAAUUUGAGAGUCCUCAAUAUGAGUUCCAAUAGUAUAUUUACCUUGACCACUAAACAGAUGCACAGUGAUUCCCUCAAUGAACUGCAGUUCCAGCAUAAUAAUCUAGGAAUGUUAUGGAGAGAGAAAGACAGAAGUUAUGAUAAACUUUUCCAGUACUUAACAAAUCUGACAUAUCUUGAUAUAUCAUACAACCACAUUGGCAAAAUCCCAAACAGAGUAUACAAUUACUUGCCUGUCAAAAUUAAAACACUGAGAUUAACUCACAAUGAUCUUGUAAAUUUCAACUGGACUCUGAUAAGAAACCUCAAACAACUUGAAGAACUAAUUCUUAGCCACAACUAUUUGUUGUACAUAUCCAACAAUCUGAGUGAUAGCGCCCCUUCCCUGCGAUAUCUAGACCUCAGCCAUAACAAAAUCUCAUGGCUGUCUAGUGGAUUUCUUAAUUGCACUGUGAAUCUCCACUGGCUGGACCUCAGUUACAACAGACUUGAAUCCAUCAAUCAGUCCACCUUCUCAUCCAAGCAAGAAAACCACCUGCGCAAUUUGUGCCUUCACAAGAACCCCUUCCGAUGCACGUGUGAUAUUUUGGACUUCAUCCUUUGGAUUCGUGACAGUGAUGUGAAGAUCCCCAGACUGGCCACGUCAGUGAAGUGUAAUACACCUCAGCAAGUCAGAGGAAUAGGAGUCAUAUUCUUCGACAUAAAAGAAUGCAUCGACGCUGAAGUUGCAUUUCUUGCCUAUUUCUUUUCCACUUCGUUCAUCUUCUGUGUCACCUUUGUAGCUACGGUGAUGCACAUGUUCUACUGGGACGCGUCAUAUGUGUUCUACUACUUAAAGGCGAAGCUCAAAGGCUACCAGCAGUUGAGCUCUGCAGAGAGUGUUUACGACGCCUUUAUCACCUACGACACCAAAGACCCGCUGGUGUCUGACUGGGUCCUGAACCAGCUGCGUGUGCAGCUUGAGGAGCGAGGCGAGCGCCUGCUGCCCGUGUGUCUGGAGGAGCGAGACUGGGUGCCUGGCUGCCCCGUGCUGGAGAGCAUGGCACAGAGCAUCCAGCAAAGCCGCAAGACCGUCUUCGUGCUCACGCGUGCCUACGUCACCAGCGGUGCCUUCAAGAUGGCUGUGUACCUGGCGCACCAGCGGCUGCUGGAUGAGAGUGAAGACGUAAUCGUCUUGCUGCUGUUGGAGCCCUCGUUGCCACGCUCACACUUCCUGAGGCUACGUAAGCGUCUGUGUGGUCACAGCGUGCUGGAGUGGCCGCACACACCAGCCGCCGAGCCCUGGUUCUGGCAGAACCUGCGCAAUGCCAUCCACAUGGAGAACAGAGUCAUGUACAACAAGAUCUACUCCAGGUACUUCACCACCAGAAAAAAAGUGGAGGUGGACUGAGCUGAUGGGUACUCCCAGGCUGCUAGGAAGCUCCUGAUGCUCAGUAUGAAUACUCCAGUGGACAAUCACCACAAAUACUAUAGCUGAGUCCAAAACUCCAGGAAAGACCAGGACAAGUAGAGUGUAAAUUACAUUACUUCACCUAGUGAUUUAGUCAUUCAUAAUAGCUUCUGAGUUAUAGCUGUAGGAUCACAUGAGAUUCUAUGUUAUUUACUUUUCAAUGACAUUUUCACUAGUAUAAUCAAAAUCCCGACAGUAUUCAAUAGCUGUAAUGUUAAUUCAAUUUGUCCUUUAAAAUGAUUAAUUGAUGUGAGAAUAUCAAAGGAACUAUAAUUUUAAUGCACUGUACAUGCUCUGGAUUAAAUGAUUAAAUGA